AUGCAAGCAAUGCCCGAUUCAAGAUCACAGAGCUUCGAGGAGAUCUACGGCCCACCUGAGAACUUUCUUGAGAUUGAGGUAUGCAAUCCGCAAACUCACGGCCUGACUCCCUCAUCGCGUUACACGACCUACGAGAUCCGUCUGAGCACAAACAUUCCCUCGUUCAAGCUGCGCAACAGCAGCGUGCGCCGCCGCUAUUCAGACUUUGAGUACUUCCGCGAUAUCCUUGAGCGUGAGAGCGCCCGUGUCACCAUUCCCCCAUUGCCCGGAAAGGUCUACUUCAACAAAUUCGACGACGCCGUUAUCGAGGAGCGCAGGAAAGGUCUGGAGAGGUUCCUCAAGAUUGUCGUCGGCCACCCUCUUCUGCAGACAGGAAGUCGCGUGCUCGGAAGUUUUGUCCAAGAUCCCAACUGGGACCGCAGCGCCUGGUAG